AUGACUCUAUUGCAACAGCAGGACCUGCCCAAAGGGAACGUGCUGGGAGGGGAUGUCUGGAUGCAGCCAGGUGAACCCCUGGUUGGGAGCUCUGGGUACCCUCUAGCCACUGGGAUGAGAACUGCUCCUGUAGAAACAGCCCAGCCUGUACUUGGAAGGAUGGAGCCUGACAUGCUGGACUUCCUGGUGGACAGGAGGCUCCCAACUGUCAGUCCAGGGGCACUGGCUACAGAGGGAGAAAGGAACCAGAUCUGCCUUCAGUGGCAAAAAGGGGAUGGAACUCCAAAACUUGAGAAGAUGUGUGACCAACCAAAGUGCAACCCAAGCUGCCCAUCAAAAUGAAACCCAUGCUGCCCGCCGAAGCCCCCGUGUUACAUUGAGCCCACGUGCUGCUGUUUGGAGCCCAAGCCUGAGUGCACGUGCCUUAAUAAGGAGACUGAUCCCACUGCACCAAAAACUCAGAACAAUAACUCCCUAAACCAACAGCAGUCCCAAAGUCCAAAACUGGUGCCCAAAUCAGGUCCCCAGGGGCAGAAGCAGCCAAACAAGUAG